AUGGGUGGCGGCGGAAUGAGUAGCGGUGGAAUGGGUGGCGGUGGAAUGGGUGGCGGUGGAAUGGGCGGAGGCGGAAUGGGCGGCGGCGGAAUGGGCGACGGCAGAAUGGGCGGCGACAGAAUGGGCGGCGGCGGCACUGGUAGCGGCGGAAUAGGCGGCGGCGGAACUGGUGGCGGCGGAAUGGGCGGCGGCGGAAUGGGUGGCGGCGGAAUGGGCGGCGGCGGAAUGGGCGGUGGUAGAAUGGGCGGCGGCGGCAUUGGUGGCAGCGGAAUGGACGGCGGCAGAAUGGGCGGCCGCGCAAUGGGCGGCGGCGGAAUGGGCGGUGGCGGAAUGGGAGGGGGCAUGGGCGGACCUGGUUCCUCUGCUCCAGGUUCGCAAUCAGCCAUGGGUCCUGGGGGAAACAUGGGUGGCGGCGGAAUGGGCGGCGGCGGAAUGGGUAGCGGCGGAAUGGGCGGAGGCGGCAUGGGUGGCGACGGAAUGAGCGGCGGCGGAAUGAGUGGCGGCGGAAUGGGCGGCGGCAGCAUGGGUGGCGGUGGAAUGGGCGGCGGCGGAAUGGGCGGCUGCAGAAUGGGCGGCGGCGGAAUGGGCGGCGGCGGAAUGUGCGGUGGCGGAAUGGGUGGCGGCGGAAUGGGCGGCGGCGGAAUGGGCGGCGGCAUGGGCGGACCUGGGUCGUCUGCUCCCGGAUCACAAGGAGCCAUGGGUCCUGGGGGAAACAUGGGCGGCGGCGGCAUGGGGUCGCAGGCAGCACCCGGCCAGGGUGGACCUGGGAUGGGCGGAGGGAUGGGCGGAGGGAUGGGCGGAGGGAUGGGGGGAGGGAUGGGCAGAGGGAUGGGCGGAGGGAUGGGGGGAGAGAUGGGCGGAGGGAUGGGGGGAUGGAUGGGGGGAGGGAUGGGGGGAGGGAUGGGGGGAGGGAUGGGCGGAGGGAUGGGCAGAGAAAUGGGCGGAGGGAUGGGCGGAGGGAUGGGCGGAGGGAUGGGCGGACCGUAUUAG